UGAUGCCAGUGGAAUUCACAUUUGUUUUACCGUCUCUCUUUGACAACUGUGACGUUUCCAGGAUGCAUGGACUACCUUGCUCAUCUCUAGGACACUGUUUUGGUCAUCCUUCUGAAGUUAACUCUGAUCCAACACCUUCUCAGGGGUCAAACCUUUCCAGGGAGCGGGGGAGUGACCGAGGACCAGGGGUCACAGAGCCGGUUAUAUCCCAACCAGAAGUCCGGCCGGAGCAGCAACGCAGGCAGCGUGAAGUCACAUUCAGCUGUGUAUCUACCUACUCGACCAGAUCCAGAAAAGCAAACGGUACCAAUCCUAAUGGUCAUGUGCAGGACGGCAUAGAUGAUGACCUGUGUUUUGGGUCCCCUCAAGGCAGUGUGAGCUCCUUGCAAAGCUUAGAGGAUGAUGAUCAAGAGUUAGAGCUUAGUCCUGAGCUGGAACCGAAAUACCCUCAAAUCCCCAGGCCCUCGAUUAUCAUCAGACAGCCCAAGUAUCCUCAGGAAUCAGAAUUCCAGGAAACAUCUUCUGACAGGUCGGACUGCAGAGAAACACAGGAUGGGAGGUUAUCAGGACCCAAGGUGGUUUCCUGCUGUCCUAGAUGCGGCAAAGUGCGAUACCAGUGCAUGUGCCGAAAUCCAGUUAAAAUUCUCACCGAUUCAGUACACACAACCACAACCAUGAAGACAGCUGACUUGACAGUUGUCCAGAAGACGCUCACUGACACACUCCACACGGAGGGUAAGUCCCAGAAGUUCAUUGGUAAAAGAAUUGGCUGUUCACAGCACACCGGGGGCAACUUGGGGAUAAAGGACCUUGCUCAAGGGCCCUGA